UUAAAAGGAAUAACUGUGUAUAUACAAGUUAUUUCAUAGCUUCAAGGUUUUUCAUUUACUGAUUUCAGUACGUUGGGUGCAAUUCAAGUCCCACUAAACUUCUAAAGAAACUAUAACACAUAUUUAAAGAACGAUAGUGUUUGCUCUUAUAGAAUUUAAAAAAAAACUUUUUAUAGAAUUUUUCAUUCUGUGCUAAAGAGCUAUUAGUAGCAGAUUACGAAUCAAAACUGAUUAGAUACAAGAAUCAUGGAAAAUGAAGAGAAGAAAAUUCGUGAACAUUUUUUGGAAAAUUUUGAUCCAUUAGAGUUUUAUGAUUUUAAAUUAGGAUCACUGAGUAAAGAUGGGACAGAGGAUAAUUACGAUUUCUGGUUUUCAUGUUUAUAUGAAUUUUUCACUACAGAAAAAAUCGAUGGAGAGAGGCUUCUUGAUUUGGGCAGUGGUCCUACAGUGCACAAUGUAGCCACAGCUAGUUCAUAUUUUUCUCACAUUGUCCUUAGCGAGUUAGUCGAGAAUUGUUGUGAAGAAAUACGAAAAUGGCUUAGAAAAGACCCUGAUUGUGUUGACUGGUCUCCUAUGCUAGAGAGAGUAGCCAAAAUAGAGAAAAGAAAAGAUUUGAAGGCAGCAUCAAAAGAAAUUGAAGAAAGAAUCCGAUCUUCAGUCAAAACCGUUAUUCACUGUGACGUCGUCAACGACCAAGUCAUUGCUAAAGAAUACGCCCAAGAGCCCUAUGACGUCAUCAUGAGUGGUCUUACUCUGGAGACGGCUGCGGUCGAUUUGGAUUCUCACUCCAAAAUAAUUGGUCGCAUUAAUCGUUUGCUGAGGAAAGGAGGCAAGUUGAUUUUGUUCGGUCCGACGAAGACCACAUUUUGGAAAGUGGGUGACAAUACAUUUCACAGUUUCCCGAUAGAUGUCUCUGAUGUUCAAAAAUCUUUGGAAGAAAAUGGAUUUGGCGACAUUAGGUUUAAGCUAAAAGAACAACCCGAUAAUGAUGCUCGCUACAACAGUGAUAAACUGUACUUUGUAACAAGUACGAAGCUUUAAUUCUGAAUAUUGAAGCUUAAAACAACGUUACUUUGAACGACAAUGUAAUAAUCGUAAUCAGUGAUAAAAAUAACUCAAUUAACCGGAAAUGUUUUAAAUUUAUAUAAAGCAUUUAUUUUUGCAAGUUCUCGUCUUUAAAAAAGAGUUCGAAGUAUGUUACAUACACACAGCAAUUAAUGGCAUUAUUGGUUCAAUAAAAUGGUUAACCACAUC